CAUCACGGGCUAGGGAACAGCGAGCAGCCAGUGAAGCAUCCAGCCUGCCGAACGAGCUCGCUUCUCUUGUUUUAGGGUCAGGAACUGGUCUGACAAGAGAAUGGCAGUCCUGCCUUUAAACUGUCACUAGGACGCCGCGGCUGACGAUGAAUCCACCAGAGCUCCGGGCUCAACGGCGAAACACGGAGCAAGACAAUGUGAAGACAUAUUUCAGGACAUUGUGAGUGCUGCUAAAGAUGUCUGAUAGUGUUGAUAUUGAAGAGAAACCACCGGCCCCCCCCUUGAGAAUGAACAGUAGUUCCCGAGACUCUUCAUCACUGAAUCACGCCUCCAAACCGCUUCCAAUGGCUCCCGACGAGAAGAACAAGAAAGUCCGCCUGCGCUCCAUCUUCCCCGGGGGAGACAAGACGAACAAGAAGAAGGAGAAGGAACGUCCUGAGAUAUCUCUACCGUCAGACUUUGAACACACCAUCCACGUCGGCUUUGACGCCGUAACGGGAGAAUUCACGGGUAUCCCGGAGCAAUGGGCACGGCUUCUGCAGACCUCCAACAUCACCAAGCUGGAGCAGAAGAAGAACCCGCAGGCCGUAUUGGACGUCCUGAAGUUCUACGACUCCAAAGAGACCGUCAACAACCAGAAAUACAUGAGCUUCACCUCGGGAGACAAGUCGGCGCAUGGGUACAUAGCAGCAAACACUCUGAACCGACUGCUGUCCUCUGGGCCUCCCGUCAGCCUUAGAACCUGCAGCGCAUUAUUUGACAAGGCACCCGGGCUAACCUCCAUCUCCGUCCCCCAGGGCGCCAAAACAUCAUCGUCGGAGCCCCCGAUCGCCCCGCCCGUGUCCGAAGAAGAAGAAGACGAGGAAGAAGAAGAAGAAGAGGAGGAAGAGGAGGAGGAGGAGGAAGAGGACGAUGACGACGAGCUGCCCCCGGUCAUCGCGCCUCGGCCGGAGCACACCAAAUCUAUCUACACGCGCUCCGUCCUGGAGCCAAAGCUGCCCACCCCCGCCAAGGAAGUGCUGACUCCACCGGAGUCGCAGGUCCAGCCGGACAACACGUCCGACACGAUGUAUCGCCACACCGACCGCCAGAGGAAGAAGUCCAAAAUGACGGAUGAGGAAAUCCUGGAGAGACUCCGGAGUAUUGUGAGCGUGGGGGAUCCCAAAAAGAAGUACACGCGCUUCGAGAAAAUAGGACAAGGAGCGUCCGGCACUGUGUACACUGCCAUCGACAUAGCAACCGGCCAAGAGGUGGCCAUCAAGCAAAUGAACCUGCAGCAGCAGCCCAAGAAAGAGCUGAUCAUCAAUGAGAUCCUUGUGAUGAGGGAAAACAAAAACUCCAAUAUAGUGAACUACCUGGACAGUUACUUAGUAGGAGAUGAGCUGUGGGUGGUGAUGGAGUAUUUGGCCGGAGGCUCGCUGACGGACGUUGUGACUGAGACCUGCAUGGACGAGGGCCAGAUCGCCGCAGUCUGCAGAGAGUGUCUUCAAGCCUUGGACUUCCUACACUCCAACCAGGUGAUCCAUAGAGACAUAAAAAGUGACAACAUCCUCUUGGGCAUGGACGGAUCCGUCAAGCUUACCGACUUCGGCUUCUGCGCCCAGAUAACUCCCGAGCAGAACAAGCGCAGCACGAUGGUGGGGACGCCCUACUGGAUGGCACCCGAGGUGGUGACCCGCAAGGCCUACGGCCCGAAGGUGGAUAUCUGGUCCCUGGGGAUCAUGGCAAUAGAGAUGGUCGAGGGAGAGCCGCCCUACCUGAAUGAGAAUCCACUGAGGGCGCUGUACCUGAUCGCUACCAACGGGACUCCAGAGCUGCAGAACCCAGAGAGGCUGUCCUCUGUGUUCAGAGACUUCCUCAACCGCUGCCUGGAGAUGGAUGUGGACCGCAGAGGCUCUGCCAAGGAGCUGCUCCAGCAUUCCUUCCUGAAGCUGGCGAAGCCUCUGUCCAGCCUGACGCCUCUGAUUGUAGCUGCGAAGGAAGCCAUAAAGAACAGCAGUCGCUAGUGUGGAGCCCUCUGUCCCCCACCCGAGGCUGGAGCCCUGGUGUGCGUUCACUAGUGGGGGGGGGCGGCAGGGGCUUGGGUGGGUGACAUGACAGUGGCAGCACAAUAAUCGCGGAUGGAAUUGGGAGUGGGGGGGGGCAGUUGGGCUUUGUGUGACUUACCGUGACAGCACAAGGACAUAAGACCCCGGGCCUCUCACACGUAGGACGGACAUCUGGCCUUGCAGCCACUCUGGGCCACGCUGCUGAAGGGACCUUGCCUCCUUGUUUACUUCUCCAGCACUCUGUACAUGUAGAGCAGUCCAUCACAAGUACAGUACGUACGUGUGUGUGUGUGUGUGUGUGUGUGUGCGUGUGCGAGUGGAACAACUGUGCACGUCUCUUUGUGACAUACGUCUUGUUAGGCAGCGGUCGCUCCCCCCAAACCAAAAAAAAUAAAAUUUCGAGAGGAAACUUGAGGAGAGAAGAGGACCAUCUGUCAAAACGAAAGAGCCUGAGAUUCCUUCCCCGUUUUGUCUCUCCUCCAGUUCCUCCGUGGAGCUCAAUCAGGCCACACUCGUACCUGCAGUGGCUCAUGUGAGAGAGUGACUCUGGUCCCAACCUUUGCCUGCAUGGCCGCGGCUCUGUGGAGAAACACGGCUGCUCGUCUGCGGAUUGUCACAUCUCAAGGUGGCAUACUGUACGCGUAUGUGUGUGAUUGUGUGUAGGGGUGCAGCCUGAAUGCGUCAGGAAUAAUUUCAUAUGCCAGCUUUAAACAUCCUUCAUCAAUCUGCUUCAUAUAGAGGAAGAGAGACAUGUCCUGCAUUGCAUCAGAGCCAACCUUCAGUUCAGGUCACCUUCAAAUAAUUUGCUAAUUUUCUCUCUAAAACUGGGUCCAUAGUAUCAGAGUUUGGAUUAUUUAAAAAAUACUUUUGGUGCACAAAGUACCACAAAGUAUUUACUAAUUAACAAGAACAAGUUCACAAACUGAGGCAUUAAUUGUGUACAGGCAUCUCAAAAGGAUUAUCCAAUAGAUAUUCAGUGUGUUUCUCUAGUUUAGACAACAUCAAACAUCCCUCCAUCUUUUUCUGAUUCUUGUUAUUGCAUUCGACAAUAAGUUGUGAAAUGCAAACGAGGACAAAUGCGAGACCAAACGCACCCAGACACACCUUUUCACUUCAAUAUCUACCAGGUAUUUAGCGAUUGCGCGUCGUCUCCGAUGGGGCGUGCGCACCGUGGGCCGACCCCUGCAUCCCUGUGACCUUAAACCUGAAGCCAGAAAGCGUCUCAAUGCAAAAGAAUUAUGAGAAACUGCGACGCGGCGGGAGGGACAUUUUUGUCAUCCUGUAAUUAAUUGAUUCUUCCAUCAGUUAUUUGUGGUGACUCAACUUCAUGGUACGAACAUGUAAAAUGUGAAAUGCAGAUGACAGAAGUCAUUCUCCAAUAUCUCCUCUGCAGAAGCACAAGUCCUGUGGUCUUUACCGUCUCAUAUUUCAGAAUACAUUAUGUGACUGUGACUCUACAUUGUUUUGGACGGAAACACCAACAAAAACACUGGGAAGCGACUUUUCCUUUUUUUGGCCCCUCCCCCCUUGUCUCCUCCUUCUCUAUUCAAGCUGCUGCUCAUCCACGCUUCAUUGUCCUUUUGUCCUCCACGGGUGCUUCACGUGUCCUCUGUCGAAUGAUCUGCACGUCUUGUAGUGAGUGUUUGGAACGCGCGGCGGAUCAUAGGGGAGCGUUAUCCAGUGAGCAAAGUAGUUGCCCAUUGUGUAGUUUGCGAUUUGUACCUGGUCCCGAUGAGCAACAGACCAGCACAGCAGAGCGUCGUAUUGUUUGCCAACAUUCCCUCCAUACCUGCUAAGCGUGUGAACCGAUUCCUGUACAGAGGUCAUCUGCUUUACGUCGGUAUUUGGUAGCUCUGUCAGGCAUUUCCCAUGUAGCCUCAGUGUGCGAGUGUGUGUGUGUGUGUGCAUUUGUUUGUGUUAGGGAGGCUACCUCAAUCUGCACUAGAAGGCACCUCACGCGUGUUGUCCACCUUGACGUCGGGGUGCAGGGUAGCUGCUUAGGCACACUGUACCUCACACGUUGUACAGCAACAGAACAAAGGGUGGGAGGGAUGCAACAAUCCAUGCAUGUAAAACAAACUAUACACUGUAUCUCAUCUUCAAAUAGGUUAAGAUUGUUAGGAUAUGUAUGUAAAUAGGACAGGACCCGCCCCCCAUCCACUGUCUCCGCCCCCUUUUCAGAAAUAUGUAACUUAAAAUGACAAUAUUCAGGUUGCUCUAUGGUAUGUAUCAAUAAAUGUUUCACACCCUGAAGAAAUCAAAAAAGAGAAAAACGAACACACACACACACACACACACCACCGUCUCGGCUCUCCUGGACCCGUCUCUCCUGUCUGUCCUUCCCGGGACGCUCCUUCGACUGGACAGCGAGCCGAUGAAUGCAGCUCUCUGUGUGCGGGCCCACACAGUCUGUCCCGAGCACCACUGCUGGGUGUUAGUACGUGCAUGUGCGUGUGUGUGUGUGUGCGUGUGCGUGCUGUAGGUAGGUGGGUGUCGGUGGCCUGACAGGAAGCUUGGCCCAGCCCCUGGGACGUCGGGCCCCCCCCCCCCCCCCCCAUGUACAGGUCCGAACUAUGAGCACAAAAGGUGAAUUUUGGGACAAGAGACACUGCUGACGUGCCCCGUUUCUGUGGUUGCUCCUGUACAUUCCUUUCUUCUGAAUGUGUAAACCUGUACAUGUGGCGUGAAAAUUCCUCUAUUAAUGUGUAUCAAGAGAAUGGAACAAAGACAAAAAAUGUUACUUUUUAAAUUAUUAUCAUUAUUAUUAUUACUACUCUUAUUAUUGUCUAGCUUUGUAAAACUGCUGAUCCAUCAUGCAUACCUCAGCAGGCCUUUCCCCAUCUUUGAAAAAGGACAUAUGAGUGACGGGGAAAUGAGGUUUUGGAUAAACUAUUUUUAAUUGUGGUUGAAGCAAUAGACUUUUUGAACUUUGAAUUGUGCAUGGCUGUGUCUUGAGUGUAAAAAAACAAAAUAUUGCAGUCUGGGAACUGGACUGAAAUAAAAAGAACAAAACCAGA